CAGGGGAGCACGCGAGUCAACGGAGGUUACACGAGGGGGCGGACAAAGAAUGCGAAAGGACUCGAAAGGUCGCAACUGGAGGUUGCGACUGACCGUUACAGCAUCACGGAUGGGGAGCACGCGAGUCAACGGAGGUUACACGAGGGGGCGGACAAAGAAUGCGAAAGGACUCGAAAGGUCGCAACUGGAGGUUGCGACUGACCGUUACAGCAUCACGGAUGUACAAGGGUUCAACUGCCUCAACUUCCGCUGCACUACUCAAAGUCUCAAGUCUCUACAGCUGGGACUUAGUCUCUGCAAAAGAUCCUAAGGGCUUUUCUCAGCCCAACACCCUCGUAUGCCUCUCUCUUCCUAGUCUUACUCCCCUUUUUCUCGCGUAACUUUUCUUCUCGUUCCUAAACCUCUCGCCAUUCUACGGCAAUGGCAUCCUAGCUACCUGAUCUUCUGACACUAUUCUGACAGGGUGGGGAUGGGAUCAAAACCACCAUCUUUCAACAUGGGGAUGAACAGAAAUUCACG